AUGUUCUCACACGUAUGUCACCUAGGUCUGGCCAAGGAACUCAAUCUGUCCGUGUGGUUACCCUCAUCGCAAAACAAACUGGUUCGUGUCGCUGCCGAAAACGGAUGUCCUUUAUGUCAAGCACUGCUUGCUCGAUCCACCUCCGAUCGGCGACGUGCGCAACUGCAUGUGGCAUCAAUGAACCAGAUCACGGCGAAUCAGCUAAUGCAAUACCGUGCGUUACCCGAUAUCGCCUUACCAAACCCAAGGCGAUCCCUGUUUGAGGCUGUGAAACAAAUCCCGAACACUCGUUCAGUUUUAGCCUGGCGUCCUACUGGCUGGUCCCAUGUGCCUUGGAACCAAAAACAAGCUGGAACGAAAUCCGCUCGGUUGAAAACGCCUGGAGUUCGUCUGGAGGUUUCGAACAAUCAAGUGUCCAUUUACGGUACGUCUGCUUGUGUAUGUUACUAUUCAAAAACAGCUCAUUCUGAUUUGUCUUAUGCAAGCUCAACAUAUUAG